AUGGCCACAUUCAUCUUAAGAUCUAGCACAGCAGUGCAUGCCUUUGGCUGGCUUUGUCUUCUGCUAAUGGUGCACAAGGGUGCUUCCUAUGAUUUCGUAGUUGGUGGCCAAAAGGGUUGGAGUGUUCCAAAUGAUCCCAGUUUCAAUCCUUUCAAUCAAUGGGCAGAAAAGAGCCGUUUUCAAAUUGGAGAUUCCCUUGUGUUCAACUACCAGUCUGGCCAAGACUCAGUGCUCUAUGUAAAGAGUGAAGACUACGCCAGCUGCAACAUCGAUUCACCUUAUGCAAAAUUCUCUGAUGGCCACACAGUCUUCAAGCUAAACCAAUCAGGGUCUCACUUCUUCAUAAGUGGAAGCAAAGACAACUGCCUCAAAAAUGAGAAGUUGACAGUGAUUGUGCUAGCUGACAGGAGCAAAAACACCAACCAAACUACCAAUGCUUCCCCACCCUCACCACAAUCAUCAUCUCCUUCACCACCACCUACUGGCCAAGAGGGUCAAUCUCCAACUUCAGACACAAACCAGACACCAGGCCCUGUCAGUGGACCUCCCCAUCCCAAUGCUGCUACUUCAGCCUUUGUCUCCCUUGCUGGCUCUGUUGGAGCAUUCAUGGCUGCAGUGGUAGUUUUAUCUCUCUAA